UCUUUCUAAUUUACUCCUAGGCGCAUAAGAAAAAGUGUUGCAAAUCAAAGGGAUAAAUUUGUAAAACAACAAAGUAGAGGUUCCCAACGGCGGCAUGGUAGCUAACGGGGACGACGGCGAACCGGCGGGUACAUCUCCGGCUGAAGAAGUAAUGACUACUUUUUCUCGCAACCAUUUCGGAACUUCCGAAGACACCGCCGAUGGCUUCUCCGUCACCAUUAUCGAGAGCAUGAAAGAAGAGUACGGUUUGUUCGUAUGGCCUUGCAGUAUUGUUCUAGCUGAGUACGUAUGGCAACAAAAGUCGCGCUUUACUGGCGCAUCUGUGGUUGAGCUUGGGGCAGGGACCUCGUUGCCUGGGCUGGUUGCUGCAAAAGUGGGUGCAGAUGUGACGCUGACUGACGAUUCUAACAGAUCAGAGGUGCUCACUCAUAUGAGAAGACAGUGCGAGUUAAAUGAUAUCAAUUGCAAGAUACACGGACUUACAUGGGGUGUGUGGGAUACACAAACCUUCUGUCUGUGCCCAAACAUUAUCCUUGGAGCUGAUGUCCUAUAUGACAGUUGUGCCUUUGAUGAUCUUUUUGCAACUGUGGCAUUCUUACUCCAGAGUAGUCCAUCUUCCGUUUUUAUUACUACAUAUCACAACAGAAGCGGGCAUCACCUAAUUGGAUUCUUAAUGGUGAAAUGGGGCCUGAAGUGUGUUAAGCUUCUUGAUGGGUUCUCAUUUAUGCCAUCUUACAAGACGUCUAGUUUGAGUGGUAACAUUCAAUUGGCUGAGAUUGUUUUGGACACAGCUAACGGAGACGCGGAAAAACUGAUGUAACUGAAUUCAAGCUUGAUGGUGCCAAAUAUUAGGUUCUGCUGACGUAUUUUACUUCCUCCACUGCAUAUUCACUAAGCCCACUAGAGCAAAUCAACUUUAUUAAGCUGGUAGAAUAUAACAUUGAUUGCGUUUACCUGUUUUGGUAAUACCAUGGCAAAAAGGGGAAAUUUAUUAUCACCAGUGCAUCUAUCGCAACAAAGGCUGAAGUAUAUGUGCAUGAGACUAUGCUGGGGCGAAGAGCUUCAACUGCUUUCUUUGCAUUAUCAAUUAGAUAGGAUGUGUGCAAAGAAACAUUAGGCGGACCAUCUUUUUCUGCCAAGUUCUUCCCUUGGAGUUCAGCAAAACCAAAAGCAUCACAACCCGUCAAGAAGGUAAAAGGGGAACAAAAUCGUAAAAAGAAGAAACAACAGGAGGGGGAAGUGUGAGAAAGUUUAACCAUUAUGGGAUUUUUAUAAUUGAAUAAGGUUUGUGGUUGUGUACUUGAAUGUCACUAUCAUGGAAAUGCAUCCUUGGAGGUGGUGCUGCAGGCACUGUUUUGUCCUUCUUUGUGGCCUCCUCAACAGCUUGUUUGACUUGCCUCAGGGCAUGUGAACUCAACAUGGUACGAAAUAAGACUGAUUCUUUAUGCCACCUACAUAAGAAUGGCAAAGGCUAUUUAUAGUAAUAAGGCCAAAGUUGUGUUAUUUCUUUGAAUUGGUUGAUUAUAAAUGGUUGCUUAAAAUAGUGAAUUUGGUUGCAGGCAUGUUUGCUACAAGUUGUGGAGGUUUCUUUUGUUAGUAGAUAUAUCAUGUUACUUUUUGUCUGCCAGCCUUUUUGCAGCCUGCUGAACCUUGCCAAAGGGGUACUAUAUAAACCAGGCAUCCCCCUCCCCCCUUCUUUUUCUUUCUGUUGUUGGUACUGCAUGCUGCGUUAAAGUGGUUAAUCUUCAAAGCUAGGGAUGUGAUCUCGCGGUUAAUGCAUCACUUAAAAAUAAUGGGAGAGCAGGGACAAACUACAGCAGAGACAAAAUACUAGGUGUUUUUUUUUUUAAUCAUUUUGCCUGAAGUCUUGGUGGAUAAAGUUACUUGUGCUCACAAGCUAGUCAAAUACCACAAUUAUAAUAAGAACAAAGUGGUUAGUCUUCAAUUAUAAAUACUGUUAUUCCUUUCAUAAGUGGCUUGUUUUCCAUG